AUGAGUUCUUCUAUGGAUAAUGAUUCUGUUUUGUUGAAGUUGAUUGACGAGCAUAAACCUCAUUUGAAGAGGUACUCCCAUCGGUUGCAAACAUGGGAACUGGUUUUGUCCAAAUAUAAUUUUAUUACGAAACGGAAUUAUAGACAGUUGAGGUCUAUACGGAAUAAAUUCGAGAGGUUGAAAGUGAAGUAUGAGCAAGAUCGGCGUCAGAUACCUGAGGAGAUGGUCGAUCUUCUGGAGAAGAUUAUAUUGGAAUCUAAUACUGUUUCGAAAAGGGUUUAUGUCGAUUCUAGGAGGGACAGGGCUCGAGAAUUGGAAGCAAUGGAUAAUUCUACCGAUCGGAUGCCUGAAGUAAUGGUUCAUCGAGAUUCGAUUCCUGUUCAGAUGGUAGAAGAGAGUAAUGGCGACCCGUUGGAGAGGACGCGGAGUUUGGAUUUGGAUGAAUUGAGUUCCGUUUCUUUGGCGUUUCAACCGCCUCCUCUAGAUUCGAUUAUAGUUGGAUACCCUCACGGCCAACUACGGCACAGCGAUGACAGCAAUGGGGAUAACAGUAAUAUGAAGGUGGAUCUGGCCUCGCAGCAAUCUUCCAUGGCUGGAUACGCCAGUGAUUUGAAGGAUAAAUCGGACAUCUCGUAUACAAAGGGCAAUGAGGGCUCCGAAGGCGAUCUAAUAGAGUCACAGUUACUGGCAAAUAUUUUGAGUCAUGUGACAAAGCAGCAACACCAACAUCAUCAUCAUCCUCAAUUGCAACUGCAACAAACCCAACAACACCACCACCAGCAACAACAGCAGCAGCAACACCAACAGCAGGUGAUGCGCCCACAGCAACAGUACAAAAUGAACUUCAAUUACACAAUGGGUGGUAAUAAUCAACCUUCGAACGUCGACAUCGAAUCAUUCUAUUCAGAAUUUAAGAAAUUUGAAAAAAAUCAGGAAAUUUUCCAAAUGAACGUACUCAAUGAACUCCAUUUAAUCAAAAAUCUAAUUCUAGAAAAGGACAAUUGUUCAUUAAACUCAGCAACCUGA